AACCCUACGCCUCCUCAUCGCUUUCCUCACUACUGCCAUUGGCUAAAGACAACCACAGUCCGCCGCCGCCGUGAGAAACAGAGGAGGUUGGAGAAAUGGAAGGGAAGGAAGAAGAUGUAAGGCUCGGAGCCAACAAGUUCAACGAGAGGCAGCCGAUUGGAACGGCGGCGCAGAGUCAGGACGAUGCUAAGGACUAUAAGGAGCCACCACCGGCGCCACUGUUCGAGCCAGAGGAGCUGACUUCAUGGUCCUUUUACAGAGCCGGUAUCGCGGAGUUCUUUGCCACUUUCCUCUUCCUUUACAUCACCGUUUUGACUGUCAUGGGCGUCGUCCGGUCCAAUGAAGCCAACGGCAACACGUGCAAGACCGUUGGAAUUCAGGGCAUCGCUUGGGCUUUUGGUGGUAUGAUUUUUGCGCUGGUUUAUUGCACGGCUGGAAUCUCCGGUGGACACAUCAACCCAGCGGUGACUUUUGGGCUUUUUCUGGCGAGGAAGCUGUCGUUGACCAGGGCGAUUUUCUACAUGGUGAUGCAGUGCUUAGGAGCCAUCUGCGGCGCCGGGGUUGUAAAGGGCUUCCAACCCAAGCCCUACAACAGGCUCGGCGGUGGUGCCAACAUGGUCAGCAAAGGGUACACCAAGGGCGAUGGCCUCGGUGCCGAGAUUGUCGGCACCUUUAUCCUUGUUUACACCGUCUUCUCUGCCACCGAUGCCAAACGUAGCGCCAGAGACUCCCACGUUCCCAUCCUAGCCCCGUUACCAAUUGGGUUCGCGGUGUUCUUAGUUCACUUGGCCACCAUCCCAAUCACCGGCACCGGCAUCAACCCAGCCCGAAGCUUGGGUGCUGCCAUCAUCUACAACAAUGACAAAGCCUGGGAUGAUCACUGGAUUUUCUGGGUGGGACCAUUCAUUGGAGCUGCUCUGGCAGCUCUGUACCACCAAGUUGUGAUCAGAGCCAUUCCGUUCAAGUCGAAGUGAAACGUGAUCGAAUCAUAGCCCUUCAUUUCGUUUGUGUGUUUUGGUGUUUGUAUGUUUAUGGAGAUUCGUAAGUGAAUGGAGCGUGAUGUGUAAUUAUGGAUGUGUGUGUGUGUGGCUAUGAAAGCAUGUAUGGUCAAUUUUAGGGAAAAAAAUGGAGAAAAUAAUGAAACCCACUCUCUUCCACCUG